AUGGGUUCAAUAUUAUCAAUAUGUGGAAAUGAUUCUAAAAAAAUAGGUAUUGGAAAUGUACCAAAAAUAAUUGAUAACAAUAAUGAUGAAAUAAAUAUUCAACUUAAUACAGAAAGUCCUGUAAGAUUUUUUAUGGCAGGAUUGGGAUCUGCCGGAAAGACAACCAUCAUUCGUCAACUACAAAUGUUAGCAAUAAAUAAUAAUAAAAGAUAUCGUAUGUAUGAUGAAGACUGGAAUGAGUAUGAUCCUAAUAAAUGGAAAAAAGAUUUUGAAAAUAAUAUUAUUUGGAGGAAUAUUAUUAGAAAAAAUAUAUUAGAUACUUUUAAUAUUAUUAUAAAAUAUAAUGAAAGAGAAAAUAUUGAGUAUGAGACAGAGGAUAACUUUAAUUUUGCCAUGGAAUUAAGUGAAUCAUUAGAUGAGGAUGAAGAUUAUGAACAAAUAAAAGAAAAUAAACCAGAAUUUUUGGUAUCAUUAAUAUUACUAUUUGAGGAUUCAGAUUUUGUAAAAGCUUUUGAACAUAAAAAUAAAAUUAAACUAGAGGGUAAAAAAUUAUUUGAUGGUUGUGAUCAUUUUAUGAAAAAAGAAAAGAUUAUUGAGGUUUUUUCUGAUAAUUAUAUACCAGAUGAGAGUGAUAAAGUAAGGAGUAGAUAUCCAACUCAAGAUAUGCGUACAUAUCGUUUUAAAAUAUAUGAUACAAAAAUUGAAAUUAAUGAUAUUGGUGGACAAAAAUCAGAGAGAUCAAAAGUUGGAGAAUUUGUCAAACAUUGGAGUUUACAGGGACCAAGUGAUUCUAAAAAUUUUAUCCUCCUUGUAGUGGGGAUGUCAGAUUAUAAUGAAAAACAUGAUGAAUAUGAGGGAACAUUAUUAGAUGAAUGUUUAGAAUAUAUGAAAAAUCUUCUAUCUAAUCCUUAUGCUUCAAAGUGUGGAUUAUUAAUUUUUUUUAAUAAAAGAGAUAAAUUUUUAGAAAAGUUAAAUGAUCCUGAUUGUCGAAAUGAUAUUAUAUAUUUAAAACCUUAUUUGGAUCGAACAGUUUAUAAUGAGUAUAAAAAUACUGGUAAUUUUAAGGAAGAAGAUAUGCAUAAGGCAAUUGCUAGUAAAUUUGCUGAAAUAAUAAAUUCAAAUAAAAUUAAACGAGAAAGAGAUACAUAUUGUAGAUUUACAUGUGCCAUUGAUAAAGUUAUGAUGGAAAGUAUCUUUGGAACAGUUUACUAUGAAAUUUUAAAAAGUAAAGCUGUUGAUGAAGAAUUAUUUCCCUAG